AUGAUAAAGGCCUUUGAAGAACUUCGUGUACAAGCAGAGAACUCCAGACUGGAAAAGUAUUAUAAAUUAAAAGAAGCAGCUGAUAAAAUAGAACAGCUUGAAAAAAGACACAAGAGAGAGAUAAAUGCCAUGGAAAAGCAGAUUUCUAUACUGACAGAAGAAAAUGGUGAAAAAGAUAACAAAAUGAAACAGAUAAGCAGUCAGUUACAGGAAUCAAGAUUGUUAAUACUUGAAUUUGAAGAAAUAAGAAAACAACAAGAUGAGAUAUUAAAAAAAGCAGAAAGCAAACAACAAAAUUCAUUGAUAGAACUGGAAAAUACUAUACAUUCUUUGAAAGAUACAAAGAAUACUUGUAAGAAUUUAGAAACUGAGUUGCAAAUUAUAGUAAAAACAUUAGCUGAAGUCACUGAACAAAAGGAAUUGAUUAUAAGAGAACUUGAAGAAACUAGAGUUCUGCAUACAUCUGUUAUUGAUGGAUUCCAGAUUGAAAUUUCUAAUUUGAAGGAGAUGCUAAUGAAAGAAGAAAAAAGGCAAAAGGAAUUGAGAGAUGUGUCAGAUGCGUUAGUUCUGGAACUCCAAAAUAAAUCAACUGAACUAGAAAUGAUGACCAAACUGAAAAAUGAUAAAGAAAAGCGAAUUGAAGAAUUGGAACCAGUCUUAGAACAAGUCCAAGAAUUUUUACAUGGAAAACAAAUUCUUGAGAAGACCAAUGAGAAAUUACAAGAACGAGAAAGAGAGCUAAAGGAUACUCUUCAGACGAAAGAGAAAGAAAUACAUGAUUUGGAAAUGCAAUUAUCUGAUGAAUUCGAAAAUAAACAAAAUUGCUUUCAACAGCUUACAACACUGAAAGCAGAGCUUGAAAAAGAAAUUCUAAAGAAUGAGCAGUUAAGUAUGGAGUGGAACAAACUUUUAUUCGAGAAAGAACAAAUUAUAACAGAGAAAAAGACAGUAGAUAAUGAACUUCAAAAAUGUAAAGAUAAUAUUAAGAACAAUAAGAAUAUAGAUGAAGAAGCCAAAAAUCAAAUAGAAAUUUUAAAACAAAACAACCUCCUGUUAAG